AUUCACUUCCAUCCAUUCUCUUAUCUUGUAAACUGGAAUAUUUUUAUGUUCUUCUUCCUAUUGAGCUCUUUAUCAUUACGUCAGAAUUUUUAGUCAGUUGCUCUCUGUUUACAGAAGACUAAACAACUUUUUUAUAUUCUUUUUCUUGCUUAAAGAAUUUAUUUAUUUAAAAAUGCCGAUUGAUAUCCAAAGAGUCUUAGUUAUUGACUCUGUUGACACGUUAUGCGUUGAUUUAUUAAAAACGAAUGGGAUAAUCGUAGAUUAUAAACUGAAAUUGCCAAAGGAAACUCUAAUUGAAGAAGUAAAAAAUUAUGACGCGAUCAUUAUUCGAUCAGAUACAAAGAUUACUGCUGACGUGAUUACAUCAGGUGCGAGUGGAAAGUUGAAGGUUAUUGGACGUUGUGGUGUGGGCGUUGAUAACAUUGAUAUUGAAGCUGCUACAAAAAAUAAUAUUGUGGUACUUAACACCCCGGGAGGAAAUUCGCUGGCUGCAGCUGAACUCACGUGUUUAUUGAUUGGAUCGCUUGCACGUCCAAUAUGCCUAGCAGCGCAAAGCAUGAAAGAAGGUCGUUGGGAUCGUAAGUUAUAUGCGGGAACAGAACUUUAUGGAAAAACAUUAGCAAUUCUUGGUAUGGGACGAAUUGGACGAGAAGUCGCAAUACGAUUGAAAGUUUGGGGAAUGAAUGUUAUUGGCUACGAUCCUAUUACGACUGAUGAAGAGGCUAGAGCUGCUGGAAUCACGAAGAUGGAGCUUGAUGAUAUUUGGCCACUUGCAGAUUAUAUUACUGUCCAUGUUCCUUUGAUACCAUCAACAAGAAAUUUGAUAUCAAAAACGACUCUCAGCAAAUGUAAGAAGGGAGUGAAGAUUGUAAAUGUCGCUCGUGGUGGUGUUAUCGAUGAGUCUGCAAUCCUUGACGCACUCGAAUCAGGACAAUGUGGUGGUGCAGCUUUUGAUGUUUUUGAAGAAGAACCACCGAAAUCUGAAGUGACUAAAAAAUUGAUUCAACAUAAUAAAGUUAUUGCAACACCUCAUCUUGGUGCAAGCACAGCAGAAGCUCAAAUGAGGGUUGCAGUUGAAGUUUCUGAACAAUUUAUCGCAUUGACUGGAAAAUCGGUUCGGUUCACACAAUAUGCUGGCGUUGUCAAUCGUGAUGUCUUAAAAAAGUACUUUUAAUGUUCAAUGUUUUCUUUGAAUCUUUUGCAAAGUAGUAUCUAGAUAUAAAGAUAAAACUUUUGUUGUUUACUCCAAUAAACUUUUUAUCCUACUUUAAUUUGAAACAAAAA